UACUCCCUCACCCUAGCAUCGGGCCUCUCUUCUCAACGUUGACACCCUCGUGCUUGCCUUCCUCCGCCUCCGUUGCAUCGAGCUGCUGCAAACACACCUGUACCUUCACUUCUCCCCCCAUCUGAACACCAGGCGCAGCUCAGCUCGGUCCAACGUGAUUUGUUCCACCGCCUUCUUCAUACAUACCUUUCUGACGAUCUAAUUGAGCAUGUCGGCUGUUCAGGACACUCCCGCCACGCUGCCUGCGGCCACCACUGAGCCUGCCGCUCCAGAAACGCCGCUGGAAACAAAGGUUGAAAGCGAGGCGCCCGCAGCAGCAGUGCCAGACACCACGACCACCACCGACCAGACCGCCGCUGCCACUGACGACGUCAAGGCCGAUGCCGCCGAGAAGGCUGUCGAGCCCAUUGCUGAGGGCCAGCUCGCGUACAAGGGCCCAGGUGUGAUCAAAUCUCUCAUCCCAUCCAAGAAGGAGUUUUGGCUCAGUGACGAUGCUGUCACCCCACAGAAACUCGACCUCUACCUCCGCGGCGAAAAGCCAGAGGUAUCCCACCCAGUUGCUGCCUGGGCCAGCCAAACCGGCAAAGGUCUUCUGUUCUUCAACAAAAAGGGCGACUCGGACAAGACGCACCCAGCUGAUGUCCUCGCGCUUUACGACGCCACAGAUCUCAAGAAGGGCUACCCACACGAGUUCUCCUUCAAGAUCGGCACCCACACCCACACUUUCAAGGCUGAGGACGAGCUCAAGCGUGACGGGUGGUAUCUCAGCAUUGAGAAGGCCAUCGAGCUCGGCAAGGCUUCCAAGGAGGAGGUGACCACCAGCGAAGGCUACAAGGCCGAGCUUGAGAAGCUCAACAAGUCAAACACUGCUGCUGCUGGUGCCGCCACCCGCAGCUUGUCCAAGCCAAAGAAGAGCACAGAAGCACCAGCUGAGCAGCGCACAAACUCUUCUGAUGGUGAGGUUGCGGACAACAAGAAGGAACAGAAGAGCCGAUCCACCAGCCGGGGCCUCCUCAACCGCCUGAAGGCCCACCGGGAUGAGACCGAGAAGAAGGAAGAGAAGGCCGAAAAAGAUGAGGCCAAGACCGAAAGCGAGGCUGCUCCAGUUGCUGCGGCUACCGAGUCUGCACCAAUUGCCGCAGCUAUGGCUGCUGAGGGAUCUCCAGCUGCUGCAGAGGCACAGGCUAGCGACGAGAAGGCCGCCGAGACCCCAGCUGGCGAGGAGAAGUUGAAGCCGUCCAAGCGUGGUAGUAUCUUUGGACGCGUCUCAUCGACUUGGAGCAAGAUCCAGAGCCCAGCCAAGGAGAAGGAUCAAAAGGAGGCUGAGCUUAAGCCAGAGCCAGCCAAGGAUGCUCCAGUCUCUGAGAAUCCACCUGUCCUCCCAGAGACAGCCACUGCCUCGACCGAAGUUGCUGACACUGCCAUCCCAGCUGUUGAGCAGUCAAAGGCCGAGGAGCCCACCGAGGUCAAGAAGGAGGAGCCAGCUACCUCGCCAAGCAAAGAGAAGAGCAACUUUCUCUCUGGCAUCGGUGGCUUCAUCAAGCGCAACCGAAGUGUCAGCCCAUCGACCAUGAUGAAGGAGCCAGCGAAGAAGGAAGAGACCCCAGCUGUCGAGGAGACUCCAGCUGCUGCGGAGCCCGCAAAGGUUGAGGAACCAGCACCAGCCACUGAGGCUGUCGCUGCUGUCGAGCCAUCGGCUGAGACUCCACCUGAGAAGGUCGAGGAGCCGAAGUCGGAGACCACCACCCCGAACAAGCGUCAAUCCGUUCUCGGCAGCCUUGGUCGCCGUGCCAGCAAGGCUCUCAACCGCAUCCAGGCCCCAAAGAAGGAGGCUUCAGCUCCGGCUGCUCCUGAGUCCAAGAAGGAGGAGGCGGCUGCUGAGACCAAGCCAGCGGAGGAGACUCCUCUCGUGAACGGUGAGGCAAAGAAGGCCGAGCCAGAGGCCCAGCAAAGCAUCGGUGACGUCGUUCCAGAUGCCGUCAAUGUCGGCCAGCCUCAGCACCAGACCACGCCAACUGUCACCGCCACAGCAUAAGAUGCCUGUCGGUAACGUCGCGCUGUUGAGAUACAUGCGAAUCGGGCACGAACAGCGCGAUGACACUCUCAGUCCGAUGCAGUUCUGGAGAGAGGUCGCACCUACCAGACGUACGAACUCUGAUGGACUUUCUCUCGCGCAAUCCCUACGACGCGGAUGGGGCCUCACGACUCGUCGUCUCUCCUAAAAUACACCAAGAUACCCACCACGUACUCACCUCUCGGAGCUGCGCCGGGCCUAAUCACCAACUCCGAUCACUCACUAACGGUCUGCGCCAGCCACUGUUGCUUUUUUCGCGUGCAUUGGGAAGGAUACUGCGGGUCUGCUUUUUGGUUGUUUGUUUGCUUGCUCAGAUACCACACUCUGCAUUGUUUAGCUCUUGCUCUGGCAUGCUUUGAUGAUUUUACUGCCCGGCAUCUGACCAGCAUGGCUACAGGGCACUUGGUUUACGUGUCUUGGUGAGCUUGCUGGUCGGACGGCAGUCGCGAAUACCCAUUCAUCAAUUUCGAUGAGAUACCCAGGUGUCGUUUUCAACAUGCGGUUCGGUAGAUAGCGGUAAUAGUGGCUGGUAAUAAACAUGAUGGUUGCCUUAGGUGUGUCUCACGGGGCGCUGUUCCAGAGCGA